AUGCGUGGUCAUGGACGAUUUAUUCCUGAUGAUCCGAGGUUCAACCAAAGUCAUUUUAUAAAAGAGAACAGCUGGGAACCGAGCAUCAUAGAGGAGUCCUCUUCCGAAAAAGCCGAAUUCACCUGCUCUCCUUCAAAGCUUCCUGUUCCGCCGGGUGUUGAAAAUGAACCGCCAGAAUUUGCUGAAGGGUGUGCAAGUGGUGAUGACAACGCGGCAGCGGAUGGCGGUGAUCUUGACAGGCAUGUUCAGUUUCGUGCUGCCACUCCCACUGAAGGCGAUAUUCCAAGAGAAACUGUUCUUACUAAUCUUACUAACAAACCCAAUAAUGAAGUUGCGGUGGGUGUUUCAUUCACCCUCAUCCUGGAGAUGGGAGGUCGUGGCUGCUUUUCUCAUUAG